GUUAUUAAUGGUUAGUUAAAAGCAACAUGCACACAUUAGGUCGACUCCAUGGUAGAUUUCAGUUCCAGAGACUGUUCUUGCCUUCUUCCUUCUCUUUCUCAUCCUCCCUAGUCUCUCCUAAACUAACCAGAGCCAGUUCUACCCGGUCAGCAGGCCCUCCUCCUUCUCAAUAUCAGGCCACUAAAACAAAUCCUGAUAAUAAUUCUUUAUUAUCUUCAAUAUUACGAGCAGAGUCACUCAACUCCUCAAUGGAAAUACUGGGAAAGUACAAAAAGCCUCUCUCUGUCUUUGAUCGGUUGCAAGUUUUGAAAGCCGUGUCUGAAAUAAGAUCUUACAAAAAGGCCAUGUAUUCUCCGCUAAGAAAUAAUGAAACUUUUCAAAAACUUUGCAACAACAUUAUGGGAGACUUGCAUUUGCUGUCUUUGCCGGACCUGGUUCAACUACUCUCUUGUUUUAGCAAGUUAAGAACUAGCAUUAACCCAAGAGCAGCUGAUACCGUUUUAUCUUUGAUAGAAGAAAGUGGUAAAAGUCUAUCUGGACUUCCUCCUCCAGACAUUGGGUCUAUUGUCAACUCUUUAGCUCUCUUCAACAUUAGAACAGGACGGACAGAAUUGAUUGACCACAUUGUUGCCGCUCUUAAAAUCCGACUUGCCUUGCACACUUAUGAUCAGCACUACUGGCUGAAGAAGACUUGCAGAAGUUUUGCGGUACUUGGAAGAUGGCCGGAAAAAUUAACAGAUCCACUUUUAGGUUACCUGUACAGGAGUAUUGAUGUAAUGGAUGAUUAUUCUGUAGCAAUCAUUAUCUGGUCUCUGCAGAAAAGUAACAUUCCUCUUGAAGAUUGGAUCUUUGAGAAAACAUCAACCUUAAUACUUGAAAGUGAAUCCACUAGUGUCGUAUCACAUUUACUGUGGGUGUCAGGAAAGUCGUUGCAUUACUACAACAAAGAGUUUUACGACAAGAUGAGAGAGAUCUUGUUAUCCAGUAAAGCAAGACACUGGUGCGACCCACGUCUGUUGUCACAUAUGCUUUGGAUGCUAGCAAAAGUGAGACAUUAUGACCCAGUACUGUUGGACAGAGCAGCUGAAGUUGCAUUACCGCUACUUUGUAGAAUGGAGCCUCAGGAUUUAUCUAAUUCCGUGUACGCCUAUGGGUUUUUCAAUCAUCCUUCACCAGCUUUGUUUAAAGCACUUGAAGAGCUUUUGGUCUCUUAUGGAAGUACUUAUGCGUUUCAAAAUUCGCAAGCUUUUGUCAACAUUUUGUGGUCGUUUCUUGUCCUUGAGUUGUAUCCAGUACCUUUGAUUGAGCAGGUUUUCAAAGACGAAUUUAUAAAAGCCAACUCACACUCUUUUCAAACUAUCAUGCAGCUGGACAAUGCAUCAAUGACUAACCCCCACCUCUCCCUUCCCUCUCUCUCUCCUUCUCAACGUUCCUCCAUUUUAUCAGAGAUGCUGAUAACUAAGCAUGCCAUUUUCAGAUCAAGAUUUGAAAGGAAUAUCACAGAAACACUGGAGAAGUUACUCCACUUCAAAAAGGUGGACUCAAGUAAGGACAAGCUUUUUAUUCCAGAAGCUCACAUGCCUAAUGGCUACACUGUUGAUGCUGAGAUCUUGUUAGAUGAAAAUGAUGAUCCUAUACCACCUGGAAAUAAGCAUUUUAAAUGGAGUCUAGCUGCUUGGAAGAAGCUUUGCAUGGAGGAUGUACCUGUUCCUUGGAAAAGGUUAUCCAAAAUAUUCAAAGAUACUAAGAAUAAAGGUGAAGGGCUGUAUAAUAUAUCCAGUGGAUGGGUUGAUGGAGGGAGAGUUGCAGCUGCUAAAAGGAGAAUAAUAAUUGAGAUUGAUGGCCCGCUUCAUUUUGCUGCUAAUGGUAACCAUAAGCUAGGAAGAAGUGUCAUAAAGAGGAGGCAGCUGGAAGCCUUUGGCUGGGAAUUCAUUCAAGUCCCAUACUACGAAUGGGAGCCACUCGGUUAUGACUACACACUUCAAAGUGAAUACUUGAAAAAUAAAUUGUUUACAAAGAAAAACAAUUAAGAAAUACA